CGCAGGGUGUCCAAGUGAGCGGCUGGGAAGCCGCGGGGCGUCCGAAGAAAGGAGGCGUACCUGACAAGUGGCUGGGAGCCGCAGGGUGUUCGAGUAAGCGGCUGGGAGCCGCAGGGCAUCUGACAAGGGAGGCACACUCGAACCAAGAAGUGAGCAGCUAAUAUGGGAACUGCUGCGUCAGCAGAUUUGAUACGCAUCACGGAGCGGUGGGGAGAAAAGUUCCCCUCUGAUGCGUUAUCCCGCCUGUUGCGGUGGGGACGAAGAGGGGGACUUUCCAUUCAAUCAAGUAAUAAAACUGUUUGGGAGCGGUUGGGCUGUGAGCUCUGGAAAUUGGUGGCUCAGGGCGAUAAGGAGGUUUUCUCCCUGAGUCCAGUAUGGCUCACCGCGCAGAGACGAUUGGAGGAGUUUGAGGAUGAGAGAAAACAACUGCAGAAAAUGGCUGAUUUUGCAGUAACACUGGAACAGAUUAAAUUGAUUCUGCAUCAGCGAGAUCUGCAGUUUGAAUCUUUACAACAAGAGCAUUUAGUGCUCAUGAAGCAGCUCACCUUAACCCAAGAAUCAUUGCACACCAAAGAGCAGUCCCUAAAUGACCUACAGACUCAAUAUGAUGAGCUGGUGGCCAGGUUAGAGGAAUUCCAGGGUGAUGUUAUUUCCAAGGAUGACACGAUCCAAUAUUUGCAGAAUGAGAAGAUUGUCCUAGAGGUAGCUCUGCAGGCAGCAAAAGCAAGCAAAGAAGAACUUGAUGAAGGAGCAAACUUCUUAGGUGAAAGUACUGAGGCAGCAUCAGAAAUCUUGGCACAAUUGAGCCAGGUGGAAAAUCUGCAACAGGAAAGUGUCAGCCUGAAGAAACAAACCCAAAAAGUAAAGGAGCAGUUCCUACAGCAAAAAGUAAUGGUGGAAGCUUAUCAAAGAGAUGCAAGUUCACAGGACCAGCUGAUUAGUGAAUUGAAAUCUACAAAGAAGCAGCUGGAUUUGGAGUUGAAAGAAUUAAAACAGGGGCUACUGGAACUUCAAGGUGAAAAGCAGUCCAUUGAUGUUGAACGCUUAAGACUUCAGAAGGAAGUAUCCCAGGUUCACCAGCAGAUGGUGGAGUUAGAAAGUCACCUCCAGUCAGUGCAAAAAGAACGAGAUGAUAUGGAGAUACAGCUACAGUCUUUGCAGAUUGAUAAAGAACAAAUGACAUCUCUUGCUGAGGUGAAUGAGGUAUUAAAACUACAGGUAAAACAAAUGCAAGAGGAAGCCAAAAAGGCCAUUACUGAACAGAAACAAAAAAUGAAGCGUCUGGGGUUAGAUCUGACCAGUGCACAGAAAGAAAUGAAGGCAAAACAUAAAGCCUAUGAGAAUGCAGUUGGCAUUCUUAGCCGCCGGCUGCAGGAAGCCCUCACUGCAAAGGAAUCUUCUGAAUUAGAGCUGAGCAAACUAAAAACACAAAUCGCUGAUGGAGGAAAUAACCAGGCUUUCCAUGAAAGGAUUCAAGCUUUGGAGCUAGAGCUGCAGGCUGUUUGCCACAGUAAGAUGAUGUCGGAGAAAGAGCUGCAAGAAGUAAUUUCACUCACCAGCCAGGAGCUUCAAGAAUCUAGAGGUUUCAGGAGGAAGAUAAAAAGUUUGGAAGAAAUAAACAAGAAGUUGGCCCUCGAACUGGAACAUGAACGGGGGAAGCUCACUGGUCUUGGUCAGUCUAACACUGUUUUGCGAGAGUACAGCAACACCCCCGAAACAUUACUAGCAAAAAGAGGGGCAGACCUGGUGCAGCUGAAUCUCCGGGUUCAAGCAGUCCUAAAUAUUCAAGCUUUACAGACUGCCUUAGAAAGAGAAAAGUUAAAAGUUAAUAACCUUGAAAAGCAGGUUGCGACAGCCAAAGUAGAUGCAGCACAUGACCGUCGUCAUUAUAGAGCUGCUGUUCUUGAGCUGAGUGAAAUUAAGAAGGAGCUACAAGCCAAAGAACUGCUUGUCCAAACCCUUCAGGCUGAAGUAGACAAACUACAAGCUCUUAUUGAACAUGCUCACGCCUCUCUGAAGGCGCUCCUCUUAAGACAGAAAGGGGGGAUUUGCAGUGAACGGGCAGACGCCUUGGAUAAGACGCCUGCCGCUCAGUUGUUGAAAGCUCUUUACGUGCUUGGAAAAAAUAGCCAGGUGCCCCCUGCGAUUAAACAUGAACAUGCCUUGAAUACUCACAGGCAUGGCCUGGAGACCGUUCGCUUUAGGAACUACCAAGCCGUCUAUUCAAAGACAGAUAAGGAGGAAUAA